CCCGGUACCUAUUUUGUGAAGCGGCAGCUGAGGAGACUCCAGCUCUUGCCAUGGCCGAGGAGAAACCCAAGGAAGGAGUCAAGACUGAGAACAACGAUCAUAUUAAUUUGAAGGUGGCGGGGCAGGAUGGUUCUGUGGUGCAGUUUAAGAUUAAGAGGCAUACACCACUUAGUAAACUAAUGAAAGCCUAUUGUGAACGACAGGGAUUGUCAAUGAGGCAGGUCAGAUUCCGGUUUGAUGGACAGCCCAUCAAUGAAACAGACACAUCUGCACAGGUGGAAAUGGAGGAUGAAGAUACGAUUGAUGUGUUCCAGCAGCAGACAGGUGGUGUCUACUAAAAAGGGAACCUGCUACUUUACUCCAGAAUUUUGUUAUAGACCAAGAACACAUUCGCAAUUAGAAAGCCACAAUUUGG